AUGGGAUCUAAGUUAAGGAAUGCUGCGGACUCUAUCGGAGAGCUUACCAGCUGUGACAACACUCAGCUACAAUCGUUUGCGGCCCUAGCAAAAGCAGCCUACGGAAGUGACGUCACCACAUGGUCUUCUGCCGUGAUAUCUAACAUUGGAAUAACAAUCGGUGGUUUGCAAACCAGUGAUAUUAGUCUGUUAUCGACCACCCAGAUCAAUGCUAUCGACUCCAACCACAUCUCAUAUAUCCCGGCUGAGAUAUUUGCAGGCUUCUCCGUGGACCAGUUCAUGACAUUUAGUACUUCUCAAGCAUCUUCAACAACAUCUGAACAGAGGGCAGCUCUAAGUUCGGCCCAGCUCGCUGCUCUUUCCCUUGAUUUCAGUACAUCAUCUGAAAAUGGCGCUGGUUCAAUUACAGUCUGCGGGAUACUGUUUUUACUUCUUCCACUGGUAAUGGUGUACCAUCGGCAAAAAUGA